AUGGCGACAGCUUGUCAGCGGCCGCCGCGCGCCGCGUGUCACCGACCUCCGAGCGCGCCGCCGACACGACUUUGCACAAAGUUUUCCCGCCAAGCGCGCUUUGAUACGCGGCUUGCCGUCUACACAACACCGGGGCCAGGUGCGUACGACAGCAGCCACUGGCGUCUCGAUGGCCCACGCGCCAAUGCGUUCAUGGCCCUUGCUGAGGUCCACCGGGCGAUCGAGCCGUCGCUCGCCACGGGACCAGGCCCUGGCGCCUACACGGUGAAUAGCCAAGGUCCCCGGACACCACGUGCACCCCGUGCAAGCAUGCACCUCUCGCGUGCGCCACCGCCCGAGUCGGACACGCGACCGCUGCCAGCACCCCGCUCGAGCUUUGCGUCGACACCGCAGUCGUCGUGGAACCACUCGCCUCGGUUUCGCCGGACGUUUUUGGCGCCCGCAAGCCAACCGAGUGCUGCCGACACGAUCGCAGCCGUGCACUCGCCACAGUCGACCGAGUUUCGAGCCCGCCGACGCCGCCUCUGGGCGAGCAUUCUCUUGACAAUCGAGGUGCAUACGCGCUUCUUCCUCAUUGCGUGCCAGUACCGAAUUUGCCACCGGCUCGUUCUCUGCCUCGAGCGACGACGGCAGGCGGUGCACGCGGCCCUUCUACGGUGGCACCGCGCGACGGUCCUGCACACGCGCCACGUGACGCAGCACAUUAUCCACCGGCUGCUGUGGCCGCGCCUACUGCAGGCCCGCGGCACGUUGCGACUCCGCGCGGCGACUACGCUGCGCAGCUUCUUGACGUGGGCGACGAGCCGACCAGCCUUUCUGAAGGCCUUGCGACGGUUUAUCGACCGCGUCCGACGCGUCCAAAUGUGGUGGCGAACCCUGUACCGAUCGGUGCAAGGCCACUUGGAGCUGCUGCACUUGCAGUGGCAUGCCCGGGAAGUCCACCUCCGGCGCACGGCCGUCGCGCAACGCAAGGCGGCGCCUUUUCUACCGUUUCACGUGCUCUGGCACGUGUCGCCGACGACAACGCGCAAGCACUUUACGUUGACGAGCCAAGGACACUUGUACGGUCGAGUCGACGCCGCCGACGACGGCUUCUUCCUCUCGUGUACGCCGACGGCCGCCGAGCUGCUGCCACGACCCCACGGACGUCCGUUCUUGGUGGUCUACCUUGAGCAAGACAAAACACGCUGUCUCGUGUUGACAUCGGACGCAACGUCCGAGCUCCACCUCUGGCUCAACAAACUCCUCCUCAGCAUCGAGCUCCGACUGGCGCUGGCCACUGAAGUCGACGUGACGAGCUUGCGCUGCCAAUUGCGCCUCAAAGCGCUUCGCGACAAGCGGCAGCUGCGCACGUGCGCGUAUUCGAGCGAUUUGAUGUUCUGUGUCGGCGACCUCCUCGGCGACCGUCCGUGGUGCGACCCCGCGCUGGUACACGACGCGCUUCUCCACGUGCACCGACGUCGACGGCAGGAACACCUGAAGCAAAUGACCAAGUAUCGACUCGGGCAGUGGAAGCUAGCCCAGAAACAACACAACAUUCACCUGCGGAAGCGAGCGCUUCAGCACCAAGCCAGCAGCUUCGGCCUCCGCGCCGUCCCGCGCCCACGCUUGCGCCUGCUCUUGCCACAGUGCGAGCUCGAUUCUCUCAUUGAGCAGGCUAUCGUUCAAACAUUGACGGGCGGCACGGCGCCGCUUGCGACGCUCUGCUAUCUGCCGCCACCGCCGCCCGAGCCGAGCACGGUCCCCUUGUUGCCUCUGCUGUAG